AUGGCGACGUCGACGCUGGCACCGACGGACUAUUGGCGAGCAGUGCUUCCUGAGACCCCGAUGCCCCAAGCCAUCCACGACCUACUGACCCAAUCUACAGGUGAGGAAGAAUCAAGGAAGGUCACCAUGUCAUAUGGGUACCAAGGUGAGGACUCAAGGAAGGUCACUACAUCAUAUGGGUCUCAAGGUGAGGAUGGCUCACAGAAGGUCACCAUGUCAUAUGGGUCCCAAGGUGAAGAGGACUCAAGAAAGGUCACCAUGUCAUAUGGAUCCCAAGGUGUGGAGGACUUAAGGAAGGUCACCAUGUCAUAUGGGUGCAAAGAUGACAAGGACUCAAGGAAGAUCACCAUGCCAUAUGGAUUGCAUGGUGGUGAGGGCUCAAGGAAGGUCACCACAUCAUAUGGAAUCCAAGAUGAGGAGGACGCAAGGAAGGUCACUAUGUCAUAUGGAAUCCAAGGUGAGGAGGAACCAAGGAAGGCCCCCACAUCAUAUGAGUCCCCAGAUGAGGAGGGAUCAAGAAAAGUCACCACAUCAUAUGGGUCCCAAGAUGAGGAGGGAUCAAGAAAAGUCACGAUGUCAUAUGGAUCUAAUGGUGAGGACCCAAGAAAGGUCACCACAUCAUAUGGGUACCAAGGUGUGGGGGACUCAAGGAAGGUCACUAUGUCAUAUGGGUUCCAAGGUGUGGAGGAUUCAAGGAAGGUCACCACAUCAUAUGGGUGCAAAGGUGACAAGGACACAAGGAAGAUCACCACACCAUAUGGGUUACAAGGUGAUGAGGGCUCAAGAAAGGUCACCACAUCAUAUGGAUGCCAAAGGGAGGACUCAAGGAAGGUCACCACAUCAUAUGGGGCCCAAGGUAAGGAGAGCCUAAGAAAGGCCACUACAUCAUAUGAUAGGUACCAUGGUGAUGAGGAUGAUGCUACAAAGAUCACCACAUCAUAUGGAGCUAAAGGUGAGCAAGACAUGAAGAAGGUCACCAUGUCAUAUGGAUCUCAUGAAAGCGAAGAGCACGCAUUGAGAAUCACCAUGCCAGAAAACAAACAAAGUACAAGUGAAAAAGGUGACACAAGUAAAGGUCAGCUAAUAUAUUCUAAAAGUCUAGCAUAA